CACAGGCAGCUCAGCUCACCAGGAGCCCAGCAGGAAGAGACAGCCACAGCAAGAUGAAGCUUUCCAUCGGCAUCAUUUUUUGCUCCCUGGUCCUAGGAGUCAGCAGUCGAGGAUGGUUUUCAUUCCUCAAGGAAGCUGGUCAAGGGGCUAAAGACAUGUGGAGAGCCUACUCUGACAUGAGAGAAGCCAAUUACAAAGAUUCCGACAAAUACUUCCACGCCCGAGGGAACUACGAUGCUGCACAAAGGGGCCCUGGGGGCGCCUGGGCUGCUAAAGUGAUCAGUGAUGCCAGAGAGGGUUCUCAGAGAGUCACAGACCUUUUCAAGUUUGGAGACAGCGGCCACGGAGCGGCAGACUCGAGGGCUGACCAGGCUGCCAAUGAAUGGGGCCGGAGUGGCAAAGACCCCAAUCACUUCAGACCUGCUGGCCUGCCUGACAAGUACUGAGCUUCCCCUUCACUCUGCUCUCGGGAGGUGGUGCUGUGAGUCUCCCGAGGGCAGGGACAAUUGCUGAUCUCGUAUUACUGAAUUCUAUAUCCCUAGUAGUUGAUGCUUGAUAAAGAGCAUAUAAAAGUGUUUAAUAAAUGCUUGUGAAAUCC